ACAUUUCCAGGAAUUCAGUGGAAAAAGUGGGGGUAAACAUCUGUUAACUAACAAAUAUGGCCGCCGGAGAGCCGACCACGAAAUGACGAGUGCAGUGAGGACUUUACUCGUUAUUUCGUCGAAACGACGGCUUUUUAACUUGUCGAGGGCAUAUCCGCUGUUUUCAUGGGGAAGAAAUAGAAGUUUCUGCAGAACUUCAAUGAAAAUUCAUUCUCGCCCUCAAUGUCCGAUGGAGUCCCAUUUUGUACGUGGGGAUCACACCCUGCGUGUUCCAAUGUCUCUAUUUCGAGAUAAUCGAAAUCGUCUCGUCGAUGCCCUGAGGAAGACCCCAGGGCUCGAGGAAAAUGCCUUCGUCGUCCUCCAGGGAGGGGACGAAGUUCCAUUCAACGACACAGACAUCAACUACGAGUUCAGACAGGAAUCAUUCUUCCAAUGGGGUUUCGGUGUUGAGGAGCCAGGAUGUUACGGUGCCCUCGAUAUAACAUCCGGCAAGUCAAUUCUCUUCUUCCCACGACUACCAGCUGAGUACGAGAUCUGGUGUGGUAAACUUAGUACACUAGAUGAAUUCAAACAUCGUUAUGACGUGGACGAGGCGUAUUACGUUGAAGGAAUAGCGCAGGUGUUGAAGAAGAAAAAUGCCCAGCAAGUACUCACACUGAGAGGACUGAAUAGCGACAGUGGACUUUUUGCCAAAGCAGCUGAAUUCGAUGGAAUUAAUGACUUUAAAGUUGAUAACGAACUGCUGUACCCCGUAAUCUGUGAGUGUCGAGUAAUAAAAUCCCCCCAGGAGAUCGAAGUCCUCCGGUACGUCGCCAAGGUCAGCUCGGAUGCCCACAAAGUCGUUAUGAGAAACGUCAGACCCGGUAUGACAGAGUUCCAGAGCGAAUCCCUCUUUAAACAUUACGUUUAUGCAGUGGGUGGAUGCAGACACGUGUCCUACACGUGCAUGUGUGGCUCUGGGAAUAAUUCAUCAAUUUUACAUUAUGGACAUGCAGGGGCGCCUAAUAACCGAGUCAUUAAGGAGGGAGAUAUGUGUUUGUUCGACAUGGGAGGAAAUUACUGUGGCUACGCAGCAGACAUCACAUGCUCCUUUCCCUCGACUGGAAAAUUCACGGAUGAUCAGAAGCUCAUCUAUAACGCAGUUCUCAGUGCCAGGAAUGCAGUGAUUGAGGCAGCUAAGCCUGGAGUCAGCUGGACAGAAAUGCAUCUGCUAGCGAAUCGAGUGAUGCUGGCAGCAUUGAGAGAUGGUGGUCUCCUGUGUGGAGAAGUUGAGGAUAUGAUGAAUGUGGGACUCAAUGAGACAUUCCAGCCUCAUGGCCUUGGUCAUCUCCUUGGUCUCGACGUACACGACGUGGGGGGCUAUCUCUCGGGUUGUCCUGAGAGAUCUGUUAAGCCGGGAAUACGAAAACUCAGAACUGCAAGGACACUUCUGGCUGGAAUGUUUCUCACUAUCGAGCCAGGAUGCUAUUUCGUUGAUUCUCUGUUGAAUGCUGCUCUCUCGAAUCCAAAGCAACGUCAGUACAUGGUGGUGGAUAAAAUCUCCAAGUUUCGUGGUUUCGGUGGCGUCAGGAUCGAGGAUGACGUGUUGAUAACUGAUGAUGGAGUGGAGAACUUUACUCAAGUCCCUAGAACUGUCGAGGAAAUCGAGGCCUGGAUGGCACCAGGACGUGACAGUCUCAAGUUGAUCCACGAAGAGAUGAUUCCCAAUUAAUCAAUCCACUCAAUCCCGAAAUUCAUAUUUUUUUACAUUUCAAAUACUUGAGAAUCACUGCAAAUCCUUCUGUUAAUAUUAGGCGAAUGAUUUUUUAUUGAUAAAAAAUUGAUUGAGAUUGAAUUGGAUGGUGAGAUUAAUUGAGAUCGUUGGGGAUUUAUGAAGUCCCUGAUGUUCUCUGUGAUUUUGUCUUCCAUUCAGUUAAUUUUAUUAAUUUUGUUUGUGAGAAAUCGAUAACUAUCAGAAUUAUCAGAGCCUUCCAAUUGUAGGAAAUGUGAAUACUUGAAUAAAUUUAAAACCGCUAUGAAAUCAUAA